CCCCAACUCGACCUGCACACCAGCCAAGAUGCCUGCAGACUACAAUGGACGGUGGGAGAUGGUGAAAAACGAAAAUUUUGAUGAAGUCAUGAAGGCCCUCGACAUCGACUUUGCGACCAGGAAGAUAGCUGCCCACCUGACUCAGACCAAGGUGAUGGUCCAGAACGGAGACAAGUUCGAAACCAAGACCCUGAGCACCUUCAGGAACUACGAGGUCAACUUCACCGUGGGAGAGGAGUUUGAGGAGCACACCAAAGGCCUGGACAACAGGACGGUCAAGACACUGGUUACCUGGGACGGGGACAAGCUGGUGUGUGUCCAGAAGGGUGAGAAGGAAAACCGUGGCUGGAAACACUGGAUCGAGGGAGACCUGCUACAUCUGGAAAUCACCGUUUUAGACAAAGUCUGCCACCAAGUAUUUAAGAAGAAACAAUAA